UUCAGCGAGUUUGUAAUUAUUUCUUCAAGCAAGGACUACCCACAACAACAAAAUGGCCACGAUUGUGGAAUGUUUGUAAUGAAGUACAUGGAAUCACUGUUCGAGGAAAAUGAAAUAUUGGAAGAGUUUGAUCCUAUUGAAGCGAGACUGGAUUGUGUUGGGAAAAUUGUCACCCACGAGAGUAACAAGGCUAGACAUGCUGUGAUGGAGGGAGUUAAGAAGCAAUUUGGAUUGAGCAAAACCAAAGUUCUUCCAUCAACAUCUACAACUAUAGCAUUACGUAGUCCAUCAAGGUCUCCUCGAGACCCCCGAUUCAGCACAGCGAAGGCCAGGUCCGAAAACAUGUGGACUGGCAAGAGCAAGUCCCCGAAAACACGUCAUUCUAAAAGGCUGGCCAUAAGUAACAAGUAGUAUAUUACAAUGGUUAGAAAAGUUACUUUAUUUAUAUAUUUACUAUGUUCAGUACAAUGGUUACAAAAGUUAGGUUUUAGGUCGUAAAUUAUAUUUACUCAGUCAUGUUAUAUACUUGCAUCAUACUACUGUUAGGUGAUUUGGAAUUGCACUAAUGUUGGUGAUUUUAUAAUUUACUAUAGGGUGAGACUUGUGGUAGUUUUUAGAAUUUGGUGGAACUGAUUAUUAUUAUUGUAUGGUCAUUAUUACUAUUAUUGUGAAUAUUAUUUAGGUUGUUAUACUUUGCCAUUACUAUUAGGUUUUGGAUUUUUUUUUACCAUAACAAUAUGUCAAGUACAUUAUUCUGAAAAUGAAACUAACCAAUUUUACAUUCCUUUUCGCACUAUCUGUUUUAGUCCAAUGAUGUCCAUAGCCAAAAUAAUAAUAAUACUUAUACUUAUGUACUUUCCCAUUACUAUUGUGAAUAUUAUUACUGUUGUUAUAUUUUGCCAGUACUAUUAGGUUUUGGAUAGUGAAGUACAUUAUUUUCAAAAUGAAAUUGUUUACUCCAAUUAUGUCCAAAAUAAUAAAAAUACCUACAAUCAACAACGAAGGCAUUAAUUCUGGCCUUGGACAUAAAUU